AGCCGCUGCUGCGGCCGCCGGCUGCUGCACGUCCUGGGCCUUGACUUCCCCCUGCUGACUCGCCGGCCGCUUUUCCUCUGUCCUCGUCGCCUCAUGAAGCCGCUGGUCGUGUUUGUCCUCGGCGGUCCUGGCGCCGGCAAGGGGACCCAGUGCGCCCGCAUUGUCGAGAAAUAUGGCUAUAUACAUCUUUCUGCAGGAGAACUUCUUCGUGAUGAAAGGAAAAACCCAGAUUCGCAGUAUGGUGAACUCAUUGAGAAGUACAUUAAAGAUGGAAAGAUAGUGCCAGUUGAGAUAACCAUCAGUUUGUUAAAGAGGAAAAUGGAUCAGACAAUGGCUGCCAACGCACAGAAGAAUAAAUUCUUGAUUGGAAACCAAGAUAACCUUCAAGGGUGGAAUAAGACCAUGGAUAGGAAGGCAGAUGUAUCUUUUGUUCUGUUUUCUGACUGUAAUAAUGAGAUCUGUAUUGAACGCUGUCUCGAGAGGGGGAAGAGUAGUGGCAGGAGUGAUGACAACAGAGAGAGCUUGGACAAGAGAAUUCAAACCUAUCUUCAGUCAACAAAACCAAUUAUUGACCUAUAUGAAGAAAUGGGGAAAGUAAAGAAAAUAGAUGCUUCUAAAUCUGUUGAUGAAGUUUUUGAUGGAGUUGUGAAGGUUUUUGACAAAGAAGGCUAACUCUAAACCUGAAAGCAUCCUAGAUAUCAUGCUUGAAUAUUGCUUUGAUAGCUGCUAUCACAAACCCUUUUAAAGGCGAUUUUAACCUUUAGUAAUUACAUCUCAGUUAAUGGUGGGAAGGUAUGUAGAAAGACAAAUUACAUUUUUUUAUCUUCAGUUUUUUUUUGGUCUUAGGGGUAGACAGUGAAUUUGGGUUUAAUUUAUCUUAGCUAUGGUGCUCGCAAAACAGAAGAAUAUCGGCUAGUUCUUUU